CUUCAACUGUCAAACAUGGCGCUGUUCAGCUCCGGCCUGUGUAGCCGUUUGUCUUUGACCCAACUAUGUGGUCUCCGGACAAACAUGAUAACAAAUGGCCUUUACUCUCCUUAUGUGUCCUGUCAGUCCAGGUUGCCUCUGUGCAGACACUACUCAUCAUCUAAAGUCAGACGCGGUAUUGGCCGAUAUGUCGCCUCCAAGUUCCAGACGAUAAAUGCCAAAUAUGAAGGUUUCCUCAAAAGGCGAUUUCCCCGCUUUUAUCAACUCUAUCACACUUUCACAAAAGGAUUCAAGCUACUGUUCCAAGACGCCAAAGAUGUGCAGAUGAUAAAAGCAAAGAUGUUCUCUAACAGAGUGCAGUAUAAGGAUUUGCCUUACAGGGAGAUGGAGAAGCUCAGACAGUUCCGCAGAGACUUGAUGAAGGCCCUUCCGCUGGUGGUGAUAUCAAUCCCUCCCUUUGCCAACUACCUGGUUUUUGUCUUGAUGUACUUUUUCCCCCGCCAGCUCCUGAUCCCUCAUUUCUGGACUCCGAAGCAGCAAGUAGAGUUUCGGGAAUUGUACCAUUCCCACAGGGUCCUGCACCACUGGCCAGUGCUCAAAGGGCUCGAGAGCACGAGCCAACAGGUCAAAGACGGCCAGCUACAGAGUCGCCUGAGGGACCUGUGUGCUAAAGUGCAAAGCGGAGCAAAUCCUAAAGUGUCUGAAAUCCUCGCAGUCCGGAGCCUGUUCUCUGGACCUCCUCUGGGUAUAAACAGGAUGAGUGUGGAUCAGAUGAGAUACGUCAGCCCCCUGCUCUUCCUGACUCCUCGCCUCCCGGGUGUCCUGAUAGGCCGCCGGCUGAACAGCCACGCCAUGGAGCUGCUCCUGCUGGACCGGGCCCUCAGCAGGCUGGGCCCCCACCAGUUGAGUGACUCCGAACUCAGACAGGCUUGUUAUGUGAGGGGGCUCCAUUCUAACAGUCUUGGCAUCAAUCAAUGCCGCGAGUGGUUAACCCAAUGGCUUCAGCUGUCCUCCUCACUGAAAGACUCAGAGGUGUCACUCCUUCUGCACUGCAUUGUGUUUCUCUCUUCCAACUCCCCGACCGGUGCCAGCCGACACUGACAGGAAGCAGGAAGCAAUCUGCUUUUGUGAUUAGGUCGUCUCUUGUGCAACGGGCAGCACAGCUUCCUAAGAGUUGUCAACAUCUCUAUUUUCUUGUUCUUGGCAAAAUUAUGAGGUUUAAGAAAGGAAAAAAAAUCUUUACGCCCAAAACUUGAAAGGAUCCUGAUAAGUCCAGAAGGCUUAAAACUGUCCUGUUUUCCAAAUACAUUCCCAGUAAAUAGGAUUUAUUUGGGAAAAAUCGUAUGAAUCCAUUUAGUCUUCAUCAGGGGAGUGGUAUGGGAUCUUACUUAAUAAAUUAGCACAUUAAGAGAGGUGCAUGUUGACUUCAAAAUCUUGCUUAUUGGAGUUAUCGUGUAAUUCAGACCCUCAAGAGGGACUUAAAUUGAUUAUGAUGCACUGAACCAUAUUAAGUGGCGUUGUUAUAAUUACCUGUCGCUGUAUCUCAAGCUUGAUACAACUGUUAAGCUCAGGCUCGUCAUUUGUUUACUGCUAAGCUAACACAUCAUUACACACCUACUUGGACAAAGAGGAUAGUGUUUAGUAAAAGUUAAUUUUUGACUUGUAGAAUUGUUCACUCAUUCCUCAUUAAAAUUACAAUGCUUUUAUGUGGGCAUGUUAAAUGUCAUAACAUGUACACAUUAAACACGUACUGUAGCUUCUCAUACAUUUACCUCACUUAUGUGCUCCGCUGUUACUUCUUUACAAUUAAUAACUCUGUCCAGACGGGAAUUUUCUUGCAACAGUUUUGAGGGAACAACAUAAUUUUGUCACGCAGGGAACAACCGGUCGACAUGAAAAAUCGGUAGAAUACACAAAGGCACCUUCUAAAAAGAAAAAAUGUUGAUGGAUCCUCUAUAGAGAUUUAAAAAAAGAACAAUCAAUAUGUUUGCAAUUGCAAAGACAUUCAAGCGUGUUUGUGUUGUAAUUGAAUUUAUUUGUUGUUGUGCAGCACAGCACUCGCAAGCUAUCUGAAAAAUGAAAGUGAUGGCAAUUUAAUUUAUUGUUUACUAAAUGUUUUCUUGAUUUGGAGGCUUAAGAUGACAUUAACACUUCUGCACAGAAUUUCAAGUGCUUUGCUAAAUUCAGAGUAGCAGUACAAGAGGAACUGCACGUCUGAACGUCCAGUACAAGAGGAACUGCACGUCCUUCAUGCUGGUGUUUGAUGUAGGAAAGUGUCAAAUAGGAAAAGUCAUUUACUUCCUGUGCCUUUCACAAGGACUGGCACACUACAUCUAAAAUAUAAGUUGCAGAAGUUAUUUUCUGUUAAAUAUAUAUAUAUUAUUUGCUCAACUGGUUUUGAAUGUUUUUUUGCUGUGCCAAUAUUAUAUACAUUUUAAUGGAACUGUGUCUGAAAUAAAAACCUUUUAUGGUGCAUUUAUUUUUCCCUGUUUGUAUUUACACUUCAGAUAAUCCAGAUGUAAUUUAAAGAGUCUUUAAUAGCAACUGGAAAACAGCGAAACAGAUCUUAAGUCUUCUUAACAGAACAACAAAAAGUGUUAGAAUUCCUCAUAACCAACAAAAAUAUACAGUAAGGUGGAGUUUAUCAUUUCUAUAAUUUCCUAAAUGCAUACAGUAACAAAGCAGAGAUAUUGUUAACCUAUGAAAAUACAAUCCAAAAUCCCUAUACAAGAAAAUAUAUUCUGUGACUUAUAUCUGAAAUAUAGGAUGAACAUAUAAGUUUCCAAAAGAAGAUCCCACUAAGCGUGACCUGAACAGAUGACUCUUCCUCAGCUGUGGGGCUGGAUCACAUGACUUCGUAGCCGCUGCGGAUGCCUCUCAUCAACAGGCAGGAGAACACGAUGCCCAACACCUGCAAUUUAAAACGAUCACACACGAGAAGGAGA